ACUCUUGAGGAGAAGUUGUCAUUUUAUUUCUCUUCAGCCUCCACUGAAUGCCUUGACUGCUAUUGGAAAGGACAUGACUUUACAGGAGCAGGAGGAACUAACUGAACUGAAACAAGAUCGUGGUUUAAAGCUAAGAUUUGCUGAACUUCCUUUGGACAGUUUUUGGUUGACUGCUCCCAAGGAGUUCCCCAUUCCGGCCAACAAAGUUUUGACAUUGCUCCCAUUUUCCACAACAUAUGUGUGUGAGCUGAGCUUUUCAAGCCUAACUGCUAUAAAAACUAAAAACAGAGAGAGACUGAGAGCUGUUGAAGAGCUUCGUGUAUGCCUUUCUUCAAUUCCUGCCAGGAUAUCGGCUUUGUGUUCAUCUAAACAGGCCCAGGUUUCACACUGAGAAGCUGCCUUAAUCACGAUGAACCCAGGCUACGCAGGCAGGACCGAGCUCCGGGACAACCUGGAGGCUGCUUCAGAUCCGUCUCCAUGAUUGUGCCCGACCACGCCGUCAUCGCAGAGGUGUGCUCGGGUGCCGUCAUUCAUUACGUUAUGUAAUGAACGCAAUAACGGAUGUAUUCUGGCGUGUUACAGAACCGUUUCACGUUGUCUUUUUUGCUGUAGGUGGACUUGUGAGCUGAGGGCUUCAAGUCCAGUGAGACUCUGGCGAAGAAGAUGAUUCAGCUGUAUAAGCUGUGCAGCAAGCAGCUUUCCCGGCAGGACCACUACGACUUCAGCAUGAGAGUCGUCAACUCUGUUAUCGUCAUGGCCGGGUAUGUCCGUCUACGAACAGGGUGAACAUAUUAGGUCUCUGAUGCGAGAGAACCCACACCUGAGUGAGAAUGUGGUGUUGAUUAGAGCGCUACGAUACUCCAACCUGCCCAAGUUACUCAAGGAUGAUGCAGAACUUAAAAUAAAAUAAAUUGAUAAAUAGUAAAGAACGCCAAAGCUUACAUAUGGAGUAUCAAAGGUCAUUAUCACAGGAUCACUGGAAUCAGGCACUAGGAGGAAAUUCCAGGACAAAUUAGGAAAUACAAUUAACUGACAUUUGCAAAUUCUUUGCAACUAAAAAGCUGUAAUUAUAUACUAUAUAACUUUUUUUAAAGCAUUUAAAGUAUAUAACAUUAGCACCUUGUAAUGUUAUACCAGAUGAAAAGUAAAGAAUCCUGGAACAUCUGAACAUCCAUAAUCUGAAAAUCUUGAACCUAGUGUCAAUCGAGUCAAUCCAAUCCUUCUUGUGUGCGUUUAGCGGUAUUCUGUCGGACCUCUUUCCUGGUGUGGGCGUCCCCGAGCAUGACUACGGCGCGCUUCAGUCGAACAUCGAGGCAGCUCUAUGCGCCCGCUCCCUGCAGCCCGUCUCCAGCAUGACCGCCAAGGUGAUCCAGCUGUACGAGACCACGCUGGUGCACCAGGGCGUCUUGCUGGUGGGCCCUACAAGAGGCGGUAAGACCACAGCGUACCGUGCCCUCGCUGACGCACUGCGCACCCUCCACGAGACAGAGGGCUGCGAGGUGAAUCCCUUCUACAAGCCCAUCGAGACCGACGUGCUCAACCCACAGUCAGUAAGUUUGGACGAGCUGUAUGGUGAAGACGACCCUCUCACACUGGAGUGUAGUGCCAUCAAACCGUCCCUCGGCAGUGACAUCGCCGACACGCACAAGUGGGUGGUGAGUGACGUACCUGUGGACGUGCCUGUGGAUUGAGAAAAUCACCGCCGUGUUGGACAACAACAAGACACUCUGUCUGGCUAACGGUGAAAGGAUCAAGCUCACACCUUCUACACACAUGUUAUUCGAGGUGUUACCCAUCAGACACAGAUAGCAUCGGUCCUAAAAACCAUCACAAACAAGCACAAGCAUGUCAUUUCCAAGAAGAUUUUUUUUUUUUUUUUUUACAUUAAACAUGUUCCUGAUGGAAAGGUCACACACAAACGUAUCUUUAAGACUUCACUCUUUCACACGCCUAUAAUGAGCGAUAAACGCAUUCGAAGCAUGUUAUAAAGCCUCCGUAAUGCAUUACGCAUAGUAUUUAAAUAAAUAUUAUUAUAAUAAC